AGUAUUCACACUUUCUCCACAGAUUGAUUGAAUUAUGUGAGUGAGUGGCUGGUGCACGGUCUCCUCCUUUGUGUGUAUUUGCGGAGAGUCUUAAUUUCACUCCUUCCCACUCAAAGCUAGAGUUAUGAUGCAUAUAUUCUAGUCACAAUCAUAAGCCACAUCUCCUUUUGACCACAUCAUUCGAUUGCGAGCACUUUACCAUGAUCGUCGAACAACCUGCUUCAGCAACAGCCGGACAUAGGGCGCAAGUUCGUAGCUUGGAGGAUGACUUAGGCGAAAAGACAGACGAUAAUCAAAAUGAAAGAGAAAAUACAAAAGAAUAUCAAACAGGUCCAUCAGGUGAAAAAGAACCGGGUUGGUCAGACAGUCUAAAGGUAGGAGGAUCAGAAUGGCUUUAUUUCGCACCUCUAUCGAUCCCAAGAGCAAGAAGGAUGCAAACGUUUGCAGUGCUAUUAUUUCCAAUGCUCUUACCUUUAUCUCUGGCAAUCUUUUUUCUACUUCUUUCAAUCCCUCCUUUCUGGCCUUUGAUAAUCGUUUAUUUGAUCUGGAUAUACUUUGAUAACGCUCCUCAAUCUGGUGGUAGGCGAUCAAAAUGGGCAAGAAGACUAAAGAUUUGGCGAUACUUUGCAGAAUAUUAUCCUGUCUCUUUGAUCAAGAGUGCGGAUUUACCUCCCGAUAAACCGUACGUAUUCGGAUAUCACCCGCACGGAAUCAUUGGAAUGGGAGCGAUUGCAAACUUUGCAACUGCUGCUACAGAAUUCCCAUCUUCAUUUCCUGGAAUCACACCUCACCUCUUGACACUAAAUUCAAAUUUCAACAUCCCGAUCUAUCGUGAUAUUUUGAUGGCCUUGGGAUUAUGCAGCGUCAGCAAGAAAAGCUGUGAACGGAUCCUUAGAAAAGGAAACGGUAAUGCAAUCACAAUCGUAGUUGGGGGUGCAAGUGAAAGCUUGAGUGCCAGACCUGGAACGGCAAAUCUGACGCUACGCAAACGAUUGGGUUUCAUCAAGAUUGCAAUAAGAAACGGGGCAGAUCUUGUUCCGGUAUUCUCCUUUGGCGAAAAUGACAUCUAUUCUCAAUUAAUCAAUGAAGAAGGCUCAAAGCUACACCUCUUCCAGAAAUGGUUCCAACGUUUGUUCGGAUUCACUCUGCCAAUCUUCCAUGGACGAGGUAUUUGGAUUUCUAUCGGUCUACUUCCGUAUAGGCAUCCUAUCGUAUCUGUUGUUGGUCGUCCAAUUCGUGUCAAGAAGAACGCUAAUCCCAGUAGAGCUGAAUUGGAAAACGUUCAAAGUCAAUAUAUUGCAGAAUUAGAGCGUAUUUGGGAUCAAUGGAAAGAUGCUUACGCUGCAAAUCGAACGAAAGAAUUGACGAUUAUCGAAUGAGUGUCUGUCGCUCGAGAAUAUCUCUGUACACUAUACCAACCUGGAUUUUCAACCUCUUUUUUAUACAUAACACUUUUCAGCUAUAAUCAAGUAUAAUGUCAUUACCAGAAGAAUAUGUCUUCUGUGUACGUGAUCGUCUAUAUCUGUAUGAAUACAAUAAUUUACGUUGGAAAUUACAUGCACAUAUGUACA